GUAAGGCUUUCCUCUGGGCUUUCCUCUCCGGGAUGUCUGAGCCACUGGGUGGGCUGCUCGGUUGGCUUGUCCUCCGUGAGCUCGUUGGCCCAGUAACCUUUGCCAUCCUCUUCGGUAUCAUCGCUGGUGUGAUGAUACACAUCUCCUUCAUGAAGCUUCUUCCCACUGCGCUGAAAUACGAUCCGGA